UCCCAACAAACAAACCCUUUUUGGCAGUUGGCCGGUUUCUUUGGUUUUCUCAGCUUUGUAAACUCCGUUAACUUAAACCCCAUCUCAAUUAUUUCAAUGCAUGCUCUCCUUCACCAUUCUCUCCUCUCUCACUCGAUUCAAUCGCUAUUCUUCUUCUUCUCACUUCUUCACUCAUCACUCUCGAUUACUAUCUGAUUCGAUCUCCACGAUGACUUCUUCGCUCGUAGCUCCUUCGAUUUCUGUGCAGAAGCUCGCCUUCUCCUCUCCAGAUUCCUUGCGGAAUUGUUCGUAUUUUUCGGGUUUCAAGCAUGGAAUUCGGAGCUUUAGCUUUAGCCCUAGGAAUUUUGAUAAAUCUAGGGUUUUUAUGAGCGUCUCGGUUGGAUCUCGAGCGGCUGUUGAUGAUGCUUUGUUCUCGGAUUACAAGCCCAGCUUUGCGUUUCUGUUUCCUGGUCAGGGUGCACAAGCUGUUGGAAUGGGUCAGGAAGCCCAAAAUGUACCUGCUGCAGCAAACUUGUACAAGAAAGCAAAUGACAUUCUAGGGUUUGACCUUUUGGAUGUGUGCAUAAGUGGACCAAAAGAAAAGCUAGAUUCAACUGUUCUAAGCCAGCCAGCUAUCUAUGUCACGAGCCUUGCUGCGGUUGAGUUACUUCGUGCUCGUGAUGGAGGUCAGCAGAUAAUUGAUUCUGUUGAUGUCACAUGUGGUCUUAGCUUGGGAGAAUACACUGCUCUUGCAUUUGCUGGAGCUUUCAGCUUUGAGGAUGGACUCAAGCUGGUCAAAUUAAGGGGUGAAGCCAUGCAGGAAGCUGCUGAUGCUGCUAAAAGUGCCAUGGUCAGUAUCAUUGGACUGGACUCAGAUAAGGUCCAACAGUUGUGUGACGCAGCCAAUGAAGAAGUUGAUGAAGCUGAUAAAGUUCAGAUUGCAAAUUUUCUAUGUCCUGGGAAUUAUGCAGUUUCUGGAGGCGUGAAAGGAGUGGAAACAGUAGAAGCAAAGGCAAAGUCAUUCAAAGCUCGAAUGACGGUGCGCCUGGCUGUAGCUGGGGCUUUCCACACUAGUUUCAUGGAACCAGCUGUCUCAAGAUUGGAAGCUGCAUUGGCAGCAACAGAAAUCAGAACUCCAAGAAUACCAGUUAUAUCCAAUGUUGAUGCACAACCACAUGCAGAUCCAGACACCAUCAAGAAGAUAUUGGCACAACAGGUAACAUCGCCCGUUCAGUGGGAGACAACAGUGAAGACGCUCCUUGCAAGAGGGGUGAAAAAGAGCUAUGAAUUAGGACCUGGAAAGGUUAUAGCUGGCAUUGUCAAGAGGGUGGACAAAAAGGCAGAAAUUGAGAAUAUUAGUGCUUGAUGGAGUGACCGCAUAUUUCUCUAUGAAUACCAUUCUAAUAACCUUGCGAAUGUAUUGCAUCAUCUGGGUCUCACAGGCAGAGAGAUUCCUGUUCAAGCCUCACCAAAAAGGCGUUGGGACCUUGGAAAAAUUGAGCUUUUUAGUAGUAAAAAUCAUUGGAAAUUUGUUUGGUUUGUAGUUUUUGUACCAUCAAUUUUGAUUAUUAAGAUGACUUUGUAUCGGUUGUGUCCUUGGAUUGAAGUGUAGCCAUUUUCAUCAUCUAUUAAGAAACAUUUUUAGAUUGCUGCCUCCAA